AUGGAGUCGGACAAUUCCUCGGUUGAGGCGCCCAAAAGCCCCCCUGUCAACAAGUCGCCCGCCACAGAGCAGACGCCCCCCAUCGAGCCCAAGAAGACGCCAGAGACGUCCCCAGACAAGGGCGCUGUCGCAUCAAAUGCCCCCAGCCCACAAUCAGAGAAGCGCGAGCCAGAGAAGAAAGCCGCUUUGGACGUACAAGAGCUGCCAGCGUCAGAGCUGAUAGUAAGCAUGUCCGAUACGGCCAAACCCCUGGACAACAAGGCAUAUUCAUUCCUCAAGGAACCUCCUAUUGAUGACGAGGACACCGGCAACGACGACAAUUUGAGCCCUCCACCAGAGUCCAUGAGCGGUAUUUCCAGCGGUGAUGUUGUCAUGAAUGAGGGCUCCCAGGAUGAGAUCGUUGUCGGCUCUGCCAACAAUGACGGCACGCCUAAGGCUGAAGCUCUCGCCGCCCUUUCUGACAAGGAGUCGUCUGCCAUCAUGGACAUUGACGGAGUAGAGGACAAGUCUGUCCCUGCCACCUCCAACUACCCCAAGCGUAAGCGGUCUUAUGUCUUCGGUGAUCUUACCGAGGACAAUAUGAACAAGAGCUUGCUUGCCGACGAGACCGACGACGAGGCUUCUCCUGCUCCAGGCCCUGCAACAGUGACCAGAUCGGCCAAGGGCCCUCGUACAACUCACGGCCUUGCUAGCGUCAAGGGCGUGACUAUUGGUUACUGGCGCGAGUCCAAGGCACCGAUUGGAGACAAGCAUAUUGUUAAGGGCUUUAUCGACUCCCGAGACCGCCUUCGUACACGUGUUCAGCCCUGCAAUCGGGAGGGCAAAGUUGUCACCGACCUUUACCCUCUGAAUCCUGGACCCGGAGGCAGCUGGGUCACCUUUGAGAAGAUCGUCUUCGACAAUCACCUUGUGCACCUCGACCAGACCCAGGUCAAGGAGUAUGUCAAGAUCCGAUCCGACAUGGAGGACGCCGAUAACGACGGCGGUGCUAAUGACACAGCUGCCGUCCAGCAAGCCAUUGCACGCUGCAAGGCCCGGGGCCCCCAGGUGGAAGGUGCCCAGCCGCCGCAGAUAGCCUAUGGCGUCGACAUCCCUGAACAUGCUCUCCACCGUCCUGAGAAGCGUCGACGCAUGGGCGCGUCGUCCUCUGCCAAUGCGACCCCGGUUGCGAAGGCUGCCCACGCCAACUCACAGCCUCCAGUCGCUGAUCUUCACGGAACCCGUCCCACCAAGAUCCUCCUCGGCUUCUGGAAGGGCUCGGCCGAGCCAGAUGACCAGGACAAACACGCUGUCUUCGGAAUCCUUGGAAACAACGACAUGUUCCGUGUCAAGGUAGGCCGCGAGACUCGCGAUGGCCGACCGCUGCAGAGCAAUUUCCCAUCGGGCGCGGGCGCGUUGUGGCUCUCCUUUGACGAAUAUCAGAUCGAGGACUACCUCGAGGGUCUCAGCCGAAUGGAGUUAAAGGAGUACUGUCGUGUUCGCCAGUACCAGAUGGACCAUGGAGAGCGGCCUGAAGACAAGGAUGAAAACCGGAAGGUCGCCAUCAACGAAGCGCGCGCGCGCGUUGCUGCCGGCUUCACCAAGCCCGAGCCCAGAGAGCACCCCAUGCCGUCCAAUGCCAACGGCAAUCUUGGCGAAGGCCCUCACCUUGAUGCCGUCCUCAAACAGGAGGCUCCCACUCACGAGACCCGUCAAGCCCACGCUCGCCGCUCGCUUCCUACUAUCGUGCCCAACCAGGCCCGCCAGUCUACGCAGCCUCCCGAAUUCCGCGCCGCCAAUCGAUCCGGUGGUGUCGAGUCCCGCACUAAUAACCUCGCCGUUAAUGCGGUCGCCCGCGCCGAGGCCAGGCAGACGAAGAACGAUCAGCGCGAGGCUGCCUACAUUGCCCGCCAGGGCACGGAUGGAGACGCAGAUGGAGACGUGGACGGACAGUCUUCCUUCCAAGACAACGUUUCCCGACUGAACCGCGUUUGGGCUGCCCAGGAGGCCCACCGCAUGCGAGCCAACAAAGAGGACGCCAAGAUCUAUAUGGGCAUCAAGUACGAGCGCAAGCAGACUGGCCCCUUCGAGGGCAAGCUCGUCUCCCAAGGAACCAUCAUCUCUAUUGACGGCGAGGACUAUGUGGAGUACCGCGUUCUUACCAAGCCCACCUUCUUUUAG